AUGCACGGAACAUCUGCUACCGGCAUGAGUCUGGCCGGACCGGCAGGAUUUGGCGGAGCCCCUGUUACCUGCGCCAUCGUCGUCCUCUCCGCGCUCUCCUCCCUCUUCCUCCCCCUCGGCCCGCGCGCCGCCCUCGCCGCCCUCUCCUACCCCGCGCUCUUCCUCCGCCACCACUUGUGGCGCAUGCUGCUUGCGCCGCUGCCCUUCCCCGCGCUUCCCGCGCUGCUGCUGGGCUGCGCGCUGCUCUUCCUGCUGCGCACGCACGAGCGCCAGAUGGGCCCCUGCAAGUUCACCGUGCGUGGAUUGGGUGCUUGGGGGAAAGGGGAGGGGAGGGGUUGUUUCGGUGGGGGGGAGGUGGGGGGAGGGGGGGGGAGGGUGAGGGGGCUUUCCUGGCUCUGGUGCUUUCUCAUCCCACCGCUGCUCUUCCUGCUGCGCACGCACGAGCGCCAGAUGAGACCCUGCAAGUUCACCGUGUUUUGCCUCUUCUCCAUCCUCGUCUCCUCCACACUGCAAGUCCUCUUCCUGCUGCUCACAGGCCCACCAAAUUCUCUCACUCUUCCACCCUCCUCCUCCUCCGCCGCCGCCGCCUCCUCACCCUUCUCCUCCUCCGCUCUCUCCGCCCCUCCCGGGGUUCUCACACUCUCCCCCGGUCCUUACGCACUCAUCUCCGCCCUCCUCCUCCUCUCAUAUGCGGACGUGCCCCCCUCCACCCGCUUCCUCCUCUUCUCCCGAAUCCCCUUCACUGAUAAGGCCCUGCUCAUACUCGCAGGCUUGCAGUCGACUCAAAAGUCAGCUCGCCUUGUGCUUCCCUUCUCCAUUCCCCUCACCUUUGCAGCUGUUGCUUCCCGACGGCCUCUCUUCUCUCCUUCCCGGCUGCACAGGCCUCGUUGCUGCUGCGCUCUACCGCCGCACAUGCAUGCACUCAAGGGUCAACACAUCAUUGUGUCGUGCUCCCUCUUUCCCCUCCCCUCACCGUCGCAGCUGGUGUUUUCAGACGGCCUCUCUUCUCUCCUUCCCGGCUGCACAGGCCUCGUUGCUGCUGCGCUCUACCGCUGCAACGCCCUGGGGAUACUCGACUCAGAAGUCAAUCACCACCUCUCAUCAUCCCAAGCACGAGUCCCUCUCCCUUUCGCUGCAACCCCCUGGGGAUACUGCCCUUGUGCCCUUGUGCCCUUGUGCUAUCUUCUCCCAUUCUUCCCCUCUGCUCCUUAUCUCCCCCCACUCUUGCCCUCUCUGCCAACACACUCCCCCUCCACCCUCCCUCUGUCCUCCCAGCUGCCCGCCUAUCUGCACGCGCCCUUACCACCGGCCACCUCUCUUCACCACUUCCCACACUCUUCCUCUCCCCCCCCCUUCACUUCCCUCUGCCUCCUCCCCCUCCCCCGUCUCCCUCCCAGCUGCCCGCCUAUCUGCACGUGCCCUUACCACCGGCCACCUCUCUUCACCACUUCCCACACUCUUCCUCUCCCCCCCCCUUCACUUCCCUCUGCCUCCUCCCCCUCCCCCGUCUCCCUCCCAGCUGCCCGCCUAUCUGCACGCGCCCUUACCACCGGCCACCUCUCUUCACCACUUCCCACACUCUUCCUCUCCCCCCCCCUUCACUUCCCUCUGCCCCCUCCCCCUCCCCCGUCUCCCUCCCAGCUGCCCGCCUAUCUGCACGCGCCCUUCGGCUCGUUCCCCCGGGAACCAUCCAUCACUGCACUCGUUGCCAUGGGUUUCGACCGCAGUGCUCUGCUGCCCGCCUAUCUGCACGCACCCUUCGGCUCCUUCCCCUCAGAACCAUCCAUCACUGCACUCGUCGCCAUGGGCUUCGACCGCAGUGCCGCAGUGGCAGCGCUGCUGCAAUGCCACCACGACCUCACGCUAGCUACCAACCUGCUUGUAGAGUCCCAGCAGCAGGAGCAGCAGCAACAACUUUAG